AGGGACAUCCAGCUCGGUUCCUGCCUGUCACAGAACUGUUGAGACAAGCACAGGUUCAGAAUUCUGUUUCUGCUCUUUGUUCUUUUCUUUACAGGACUUCAAUAUGGAGGAUAUGUUUUGUGCAUGCAACAGUCUGGAGGAACCACCUACUUCUGCUGUCAUGUUAGAAACCCAUUUCUCUCAGGUGGUCUUUGCAAACGUAGAGAAAUUCUAUGUUCCUGGAACAGACAUAACUUGCUUUUAUAACAUUUCCCAGUUCUUCAUGCCUCACAAGAAGGAUUGGGUGGGCAUAUUCAGAGUGGGAUGGAAGACAACUCGUGAAUACAUCACAUUCAUGUGGGUCCCUGAGUUAAGUGAUUCCAAGAACAGAUAUGCUGAACAACAGCAGGUGACUUUUAAAGCCUACUAUCUGCCAAAGGAUGAUGAGUAUUAUCAGUUUUGCUAUGUUGAUCAAGAUGGGCAAAUCCAUGGGGCCAGUGUUCCCUUUCAAUUCCGUACUGAGACUAAGGAUGACAUGCUGGUAGUUACUAAAGAGGGAGAAAUGGAGAAAAUACAGCAGCAAAAUGAAACAUUGCUUCAAGAAAACAAGAACCUGAAGAAGAACCUAGCAAGUCUCCAGGAUCAGAAUAUGCAUCUACAAGAAGAACUUGUGGCAGCUAAGGCUCUUCAAGAUAAAGUGAACACUUUAGAGGACAAAUGUGAGGAACUUGAAUCCCAAAAGAAAGAUUUAGAAAAGGAGAAAUGUGCCAUGAAGGAAGACCUGAUGCAGAUCAAAAAAGAGAAAGAAUCUGCAUUAUAUGAGAAAGAAAAGAUUGGAAACCAACUGAAAACUAUUUGGCAUCAAAAAGAAGAAUGUCAAAUACAAUUGCACAUUCAACAGAAGGAGAUGGAGAACCUGCAGGAGGGAAUUAAAGAAAAAGCAAUGCACCUGGAAGAAUUGAAGGGAGAGAAUUAUCAAUUAAAUGCUGCCUUGUUUAGACAGCAAAUGUUGAACAACAUCCAGGAAGAACAAACACUUGCACUUCAAAUCCUGAAGAAGCAAAAGGAUGAACUAGAGCUGGAAAAUCAGGUUUCAAAUCACUACAGAACAAAAACAAACUUUUCCAGUUCCCUAGAUCAACCAACUGAACAAAGUCAGAAAAAUCUACAGCUGUUUCUGAACUGUUGCGUGGAUGUUCCCACUGUGAAACUAUGUUAUGGGACUGGUGAGAAACAACUUUCAUGUAAAUUAUGGCAAGAAAAUGAGGUGUUGAAGGCACGCCUCCCUGAAACACGCAGUUCAUCUGCUGGAGUCGUAUCCCAGUCACUGCCUAACUCUGCAAUUCUGUUUGGAAAUCCAAAUUCUGCAUCACCAGCAAUUGCUCAAGUGGACCCGGUCUCUCUGAAAAAGUGUCCCAUAUGCCAGGAAGUCUUCCCUAAUGACAUUGAAGAACAACAAUAUUUGGAUCAUGUGCAAAAUCAUAUUCUCGAUUGUCCAUACUGCAAUAAAACCUUUGACAGCGCUGAGAAGCAAGUGUAUGAUGAUCAUGUCUUUUGCCAUAACUUAGACUAGGCUUAAGCCUGCUGGCAUCACCAAAAAUAUUACACUAAUGCUUUUUUUCUUUCCUUUUCCCAUUUCUCUCCUUUGUAUGAUCUGGCAGGGAUAGAUACUAAAAUGCUAAAAUUGCCAUACCAGGCUAAAGUCUGUUGUUGGGCCUUAGGUACUGAUUACUUUAAUUUUCUUGUGAUACAUGUGUUAAAUUAAAUAAUACAUUAUGCUUUUGCUUUGGAAGCAGAUUAUCACAUAUUUAAAUCUUAGAUUUAAAAAUAACAUGCUAGUAGAGUAUCUCUAGCACAUGGGCUCCAACACAAGUCUGAAAGUUUAGAAGGCAAAACCUCUGGUCCCUCUGGAUGACCCAGAUUGGAUCCUACAAUAUUAUCCUGAGACACAUAUAUGCACCUUUAUUUGUAAUUUCUAGCUCUGCCAAUAGUAAAUAAUAAAAUUUGCACUUUUGCUUGUGUUGUUUCUGUUUUAUGGCUGUUUAGGCAAAGCAACAAUUAUUCUUCCCAGUUUAAAAAAAAUGUUUCCUAUCUGUUGUCAGGGAGCUCACAAUCAUAUCAGAAGUAACUGAAGACUGAACCCAUUUUUUUUUUAAUAAAGAUUUUUUUUUGGGACUGUCCAGCAGCAAAAGUAUCAACUGCGAUCUUGGGGCUCCAAGAUCACACGUCGUGUUGUUGCAACGUCAGCUCCUCCUUCCCCUGAACCCAAUUUUUUUUAAUGUUACUGAUUGAUAAAGGUACUAACAGAUUUUCACCAGUCUUGUCACUGUAUUGAAAAGGUUAAACAAAAAGGGUCUUUUUUGGAGUUGCAACAUAUAACCAGAAUCUCUUUAUGAUAAUGUAGAAAUGUGCUGCUUUUUUUUUGAAAUUUCUCUCUCUCUCUCUGACUAUUAUAUAAUUAAGAAUACUGUAUUAGAACAGAACACAUGAGUGGACUCCUUUUUCUUGAAAAAGCACAAUAUUAUUUUUUAGUUUAGUUUGACAGUGCACUUUCUACUCUUUAAGACUGAAUGUUGCAAUAGAAAUAAGCUGCUUACAUAGAGAUUAUAUACUAUGUAUUGAUUAACUAAAUAAUAUUACAUAUAGCAAAAUCUUUUUAGUAGCACUUUACUCUUUUAAGUUGUAUUGCUUUUUUUAAAAAGUACUAUUAUUGUUUAUCAUUGUUUUCUUUAUUCUCUCUUUUGCAUUAUUAUGAUUAUUUUGCUUUGAUUGUACACUGAAUGAUUCUGUACCUGAGACAAAUGCUUGUUUAAUUACAUUUGGCCAAAUAAAGCAUUCAGUUUAGAUAAUUAAA